AGGCUGCUGGAGCACGGAGCUGGAGGAGCCCCUCGUCCCGCCCGGCCUAGCCAGGCCCCGCGCUAUGGAGUUCCUCUGGGCCCCCCUCUUGGGUAGUCUGGCUGCUGCUGACCGCCACACCGUCUUCUGGAACAGUUCAAAUCCCAAGUUCCGGAAUGAGGACUACACAGUGCACGUGCAGCUGAAUGACUACCUGGAUAUCAUCUGUCCACAUUACGAGGAUGACUCUGUGGCGGAGGCAGCCAUGGAGCGGUACACGCUGUACCUGGUGGAGCAUGAGGAGUACCAGGUGUGCGAGCCCCGGACCAAGGACCAGGUCCGCUGGCGGUGCAACCGGCCCAGUGCCAAGCAUGGCCCAGAGAAGCUGUCUGAGAAGUUCCAGCGCUUCACGCCUUUCACCCUAGGCAAGGAGUUCAAAGAAGGACACAGCUACUAUUACAUCUCCAAACCCAUCCACCAUCAAGAAGACCAGUGCUUGAGGUUGAAGGUGACCGUCAAUGGCAAAAUCACUCACAGUCCUCAGGCCCAUGCCAAUCCACAGGAGAAGAGACUCCCAGCAGACGACUCGAAGGUGCACGUGCUGCAUAGCAUCGGCCACAGUGCCGCCCCCCGCCUCUUCCCUCUUGCCUGGGCUGUGCUGCUGCUGCCGUUUCUGCUGCUGCAAGCGCCAUGACGGUGUAUGCCACACUUGGCUUAAGGAUUGGAACUGGGCCUAGGGACAGUGGCAGGCACCCCUCACCUGUCCUGGGGCCACACCCAAAGCCCUGAGAGCCCUGGGAAACACUCCCACCAUGUGCACAAGCUGCCACCAGCAGCCUCAGAACGGGUCAGUAUCAAGGGUUUCAACCCAAAGGAGGUCAACCAGCCUGGCAGUGCCGUUCCCGGCUCCACCUCGGAGGGAUGGAGAAAGAAGUGAAGUCUUUUCCUUGUCAUUCCUGCCUUUAAGCCAAAGAAGCAAGCUAUGCAGACGUGUCCUCUUAAAGAUACAGCAGGAUCUGAGCUGGAAGGGGCCUGGGAUUGGGUGGAUGGACACUGAACUUGGGAAAGAUGCCCCUCCCAGAGAGAGCCAGGAUGCCCGGAUGAACCGACGGAAGGAAAAUCAAGAGGCAGUUUCCCACUUGGGAGUCAGGUACAGGAGAUGCAGCAUGCUUGGGCUGUCCAGCAUCUCCCAGCAAGACCUCCAUCUGCGGAGUUGCCACAGAGAGGUUUGUAGCAGGCACUGCAUCCUUGUCCCAUCCUGGGGGGCAGCACCCUCCCAGAAAUGCACCAGCAGGGGGGCUGUGCCAACCUGUUCUUGGAGUGUAGCCCUAAGGGCAGUGCCAGUGUGUACAGUCUGUCCAGGCUGUAGCCAAAAGGGCAGGACCCACGUGUACAGUAUCUGUGUAUAAACUUGCCAUGUGUCUAUACUGAUUUCUACAACUGGAAUUUUUUUAUACGAUAUUCUUUGUCAAAAUAAAGCCAUGUGUUUUUUUUUGGA